ACCUUCAUAGACCAAAAUAUUGUCUCAUCCCUGUGGAAGGGCUUUGAUGUGUUGGGCUAAAGCUAUCUCAACUAAACUACUCUCUCUCUCCCUCUUUUCUUCUCUCCUGCUCUCUCGCAGACUAACAGGGUCUGUUUGGCUCCCCAGGCCCCCUCCAGCUGUCUGAGUGUAACCAUUGCUCUCUGUGCUAGAUGUUCCAGAGCUGACUGCUGUGCAGGGCAUGUCUGCAAAGAGAAAAUAUACUGCCUUCAAACAUAUUCCCCUUACUCACAGGCCCGAUGACGUGAUAUUACAGUUCAUCAGUCAGUGGUCUGGGGCUGUUUAUGUAACAGUAUAUGGUUUGCAUCAGCUUUAAAAUAUGAUUCCACAUCAGUUGUAUAUUAUUUAAAAAUCAAGCUUUGAACACAUUAAAACAACAACAGGAGUUCUAUCCAUAUCCAUAUGUGAUGUGUAUUAAACCAAAAGAUAUUAAAUCUCCUCAGCAUUGUCUAUAAAGAUUGCCCUUUCUAUGCUGCAAGCACACACGUUUUUAACAAAUGUUGUGCAGUGGUUAGACUCCAGCCAUAAGCUUCAGAGACAAGUUGAAAAAAAGGAGUGAGAAUAAGCUGUAUGGAAGAAAAGGCCAUCGCUGAGUGAGGAAUGUUUCAGUAGCUGUGUAAAACUCUCCAGGUUGCUCCGUUUAAACGUCUACAGGGAUAGUCUCUACAAGUCUACCGUUCAGAGGCUCUUCUAACUAAAAUUGGCGGGUGAAAGGCAGGCGCACGAAUGGAUAUAAGCACAAUUUUCUUGUUACUCUCUAUGUGUGGGCUGACUUGGGCCUUCACUCUGGACUUGGACAAUGGAGGUGUACCACUCUGGGUCAACCGUUUUUUGGGAGAGCCGAGUGUGUUUACUUUGAAAGAUCGGAUGGAUCCCGGAUGGUUUCGUGCGGUUAACACACAAAGUUGUCCUUUGGAGUGUGACUGCCCUAUCCAGUGGCCAACAGCUCUUUAUUGUGACAACAGGGGCCUUACCCAGCUUCCCUCUGGCCUUCCGUCCCACACACAGUACAUGUUUCUCCAGGGGAAUAAUAUAACUAGCCUUGGAUCCAGACCGUUCGCCAAUGCCACAAACUUGCGCUGGUUGAUCUUGGAUGGCAAUCAGUUAGUGAGUGAGAAACUCGAUAGUGUGUUCUCCAAUCUCACGCACUUGGUAAAUCUUUUCAUAAAUAAUAAUAACCUGACAAGGGUGCCAGUCGGACUGCCUAGUGGACUCAAGCAGCUGCGACUCGCAUAUAAUCGCAUCGAAAAGAUUUCUAAAGGUGCUUUCCAAAAUCUGGACAAUUUAACAUUACUUUUGUUACAAGGCAAUCGUCUGACGACUAUUGAAGAGGGCGACUUAAAAGGUCUUGGAGUCCUCAACCUCCUGGAUCUUAGUCACAACCUCCUGGAGACUUUCCCCAAACAUCUACCUCCAUCUGUCCAGCAGCUUUACCUCUCCAACAACUCUCUGACUGGCAUGACCCAAAACAGCCUUAAUGGUUUUAAUAGACUCCGUUAUUUACGGCUCGGACACAACAAAUUGAGGAAUGAAGGGCUUGACCCUGGCGCAUUUAACCUCACUUCUCUGGUUGAGCUGGAUCUUUCUUAUAAUCAGCUGACAGAAAUCCCUACCAUUCCCAUCACUCUUCAGUACCUCUACCUUGAGGUUAACCAAAUCCAAGAGUUUAACGUGAACAGCUUCUGCAGGACAGUUGGACCCACAUCAUUUUCACGUUUGAAGAUUCUGAGGCUGGACGGUAAUAAGUUGGAGUAUCACAAGCUGCCUCCUGAUUGGGUGUUCUGUCUACGUGUCCUCCAAAACAUUUAUAUUUGAUCUAAUAGAAGCAGUUAAUGUCUUAAGCCUCUCUAUAUUUUUAGGUUUUCUGAAAACUUUGAAAUACAAGCAUGCAAAGAUAUAUUACAACAUAUAUGCAUAUUUAGAUUACAUUAGAAAGCAUGACAGCAGUAGAAAGCUGCUCAGUCUUCAAGGUGUUGCUGUUUUGAAUAAGCAUGCUGUCAUGGUUUUAAUGAAACAGUAUUUAAUAACUCUGGAUGUACUGUAUAUGAGCAGUCAUUUUUAUUUUGAUGCGCAGUGCAAGUCUUGCGCCCUGUCAUAGUCUUGACUUCACAUGUUCUAAGUAUAGAUCAGAAGUAUAGAAGUAUAGAUCUAAGUAUAUAAUCAGAAUUAAUCUAACUCUUGAACUUGUGGAUAUACAAUACAAGGUGCUUUCUUUGAAAUAAAUGAAUAUUGAGCAUUUAGUGAUACAUUCAGCAGCACAACUGUUUUCAAUUCUGUUAAUAAUAAGAAAUGCUUCUUGAGCAUAAAAUCAUAUGCAAAUGAUUUCUGAAGGAUCUUGUGACAGGUGAAAAUUUCUUAGUACACUGCAAUACUAUCUGCGCUGUCAAGAACACGGAUUCUACUAAGGCUGAAAACGCUACAAAAAUGAUUACAUCCUCUUUGUGAAUUAAUCAAAGAGCAUAAUCUUUAAUCUAUCGAUCUUUGGACAGAAACAUUCCAUUGUGUGAAAUAAAGAACAAUCACAGGUCCCUCAGUGAGUAUCCAGGAGCAAAAUUAGUUUAUCCAAAUCAAAAAAUUCUCAAGCUAGAGAAUGACAUGCCUUGCUUUCUUUUGUUUCUUGUACAAUGUUUCUCAUUCAUUAAAAUGGAUAUGGUUAUCAUA